CUUGGCAGCUAGGUAGCAACAGCGAAAUUCAUGCCAUCCUGCUUUUACCCGUGGAAAGGUGAAGCGGUUCUGUGCUUUCAGAAUAUGGAGUACCGGUUCCAGAAAUGCAUGAAAAGGUUUCAGUAUGUUCAGUCGGUCCGCGAUCGUGCGGCAGGGCGGACGUAUGCUAAUGCCGCCCAGAGUUGCCGCGAAAUAUUUGAAACAUUGCCGCUUUUAUGGAUGUGUAAAUAUUUUUUGAACUUAUCGAAGCUAACAUAAGCGAGUGCUAUUAAAACUAUAAUUUUAUGAGUAUCAGUCCAGACAUCAAUAACCCUGUAAUCGAUUGAACUGUAAUUAAAUUUUGUUAUUAUCGUCACAGACGUACGUUUUAUAAUUAGUGAAUGUGUAUGAUGGAUGUGUGUUUAUGUGUGUUUUUACUUUUAUCAACUAUGUAGGUAGAAUACUUUACCUUUCAACCUAAUAGCCAAAAACUUUAGAAGUUAUUUAUCUAUACCCGUAACUAAGUGAACCAAUGUAGAUAUAAACCCGUCGGUCCAAACUAAGUGACUUAAAAACCACUGAUAUCAUAACUAUAUCAACCAACGUAUUCAUAUCUAGAACCCAAAUCUCCAAAAAAAACUGUAAAUAUAUCUAUUUUCGGGAGAGAAAAUCGAUCUGGCGCGCGGACCAAACUUUGUCUUGAUGUAAUUAUAUCUUGUUAGUGUAAAAAGUGUAGACUAUGACUAGUGAUUAGUGAACAUUUUGUGGUUAUUAGUGAAAUUUAGUAUCUGUACAGCAAUUUUCACGCCUCAAACUUAAUUCAAGUUUCAAGCGGCCUCAACGAAAUUCUAUCGAUUUCAACUAGACGUUACCAAGUUGAACUUCAGGAGUCAUUUACAAUAAGCCGCAAAACAAUCACCAAGACCUAAGCUGUAUUCGACAAAAUGUCGGUUCCAACAACCGACAGCACUGAAGCCAUCACAAACUCCGGUUACGGCAGCAGCGAUGAGACAGCCAGCUUAUUGGUCUCCGGCCCCUCCGUUACCGUCAUCGUCCCUUCGGAGAACAGAACCGCCAAACCCGUACUACAGCGACAAGACUGCACCACUCAUCUACGACCACAGCUGUCCGGCGGUCCCGGUAGUGAGGAAUCCGGAACAUCCAUAAGAAUGGAAGAAGGAGCCGCUAGAAGCGUGCCAGACAUAGAACUUCAAUGUAGAGACCAAGCUUCAGACCGCCCGCAGACACUGGUGUCUCCCAUAGCAACCUGCUCGCAUAGGGGGUCGGUGACCGCCUGCCAGUUAGUGCCACACACGUACGCUAGAUGUCGCGUUUGUGAGCGGAGACAAUCUACAGCGCCUAUGUCAGCGCUACAGCUAGCGCGAUCUGUGUCACGAGAAAGCGUUCGCUCAGGGCUGCACUACCCUUGCGGUUGCAACACGCUUCACGCUGUCAGCACUUGUCCGGUCAUACAUCCGCCAGCCUUAUUGAUACCGGCAACAAGUACUAGAAUCAUUCGGCAGAGCUCCCAGCCUGAGUCUAGCGCAUGCGCGGCGCACUGUCCUCACCACGCCCACCACCACCCCAGCGCCUCGCUGCGGCAGCUAAGGGAACCCGGUGACGGCAUAGCUGGCAUCGCAGCAGACUCUCUCCGAAUUAAUGGAGGGAUGCGACCCUUCAAACAGGGCCUGCUACUAUGUCCACAAACCCUGUCGCAGACUCGACGGGCGCGCUUGCGACGCGCGUUCACUGAAGCGACCGGCGACACGGUUACCUACGUUAGAACGGCCUGUACAGUAACUCGGGAUCAAACAGCACAGCUGCGAAAGCCGGUGUCGACGCUCUCGAUCCCCGGCGCGAUGAAGGCGUACUCCGGAGGGCGGGACGCGUCCACCGAGGAGGCCGGGGUGGCGCUCGUUGGCGUGCAUAGCGAGUACCCUCGCUUCGGCGAGGAGCGAGCGCUCGGCGGCGGCACCUACAAGGGCGGGGGGGCAGCUAAGCACAAACCUAACAUAGGAUAUAGAUUAGGUAGGCGAAAGGCGUUAUUCGAAAAACGAAAACGAAUAAGUGACUACGCACUAGUGAUGGGGAUGUUCGGUAUUAUAAUUAUGGUUAUAGAAAAUGAACUCUCAAGUGCCGGUGUUUAUACAAAGGCAUCAAUAUAUUCGCAGGCGUUAAAGACGCUUAUAUCAAUGUCAACUGUGAUCUUACUUGGCCUAAUCGUCGCGUAUCACGCUUUAGAAGUACAGUUAUUUAUGAUAGACAACUGCGCUGACGACUGGCGAAUAGCAAUGACGUGGCAGCGGAUAGCGCAGAUUGCACUAGAACUAGCCAUUUGUGCCGUCCACCCAAUCCCUGGCCAGUACACAUUCACAUGGACUACCAAACUGGCCAACAAAGGAGGCGUUAUAGGCGUUGAAGUUUUUCCUAAAAUUGGUACCUACGUACCCUACGACGUCACACUGUCGCUACCUAUGUUCUUUCGGCUAUAUCUAAUAUGCAGGGUUAUGCUUCUUCAUAGUAAAUUAUUUACGGAUGCUUCGUCGCGAAGUAUAGGAGCCUUAAACAGAAUUAAUUUUAACACAAGGUUUGUCUUGAAGACACUUAUGACCAUUUGCCCCGGAACGGUGUUACUAGUUUUUAUGGUUUCCCUUUGGAUAAUUGCAAGCUGGACGUUAAGACAAUGUGAAAGGUUUCACGAUGAAGAACACGCUAAUCUACUGAAUGCAAUGUGGCUUAUUGCAAUUACGUUUCUCUCCGUCGGUUUUGGUGACAUUGUGCCAAACACGUAUUGCGGCAGAGGUAUUGCUGUUAGCACCGGCAUUAUGGGGGCUGGAUGUACAGCAUUAUUAGUGACCGUUGCUUCAAGAAAGUUAGAGUUAACUAGAGCGGAGAAACAUGUGCAUAACUUCAUGAUGGAAACUCAACUGACAAAAAAGUUAAAAAAUGCAGCAGCCAACGUGCUACGAGAAACGUGGUUAAUAUAUAAACAUACAAGACUGGUCAAAAGAGUUCAUCCAGGUCGAGUCCGAACUCACCAGAGGAAGUUUUUGUUAGCCAUAUAUGCAUUACGAAAAGUUAAAAUGGAUCAAAGAAAGUUGAUGGAUAAUGCCAACACAAUAACAGACAUGGCAAAGGACCCCUUUCUUUUGCAGACCCAAAAUACUGUUUACGAAAUAGUAUCCGAUAUGAGCACCAGACAAGAUAGUAUAGAAGAAAGACUAACCAGCUUAGAAGAAAAACUUACCGCCUUACAGGAACAAGUAAACAGCCUACCAGAUGUGGUGGCCAGGUGUUUGCAGCAGUGCUGGGAGCGGGCAGAGUCUCGCAAAAACUACCUGCAUCCAGACACUGCUGCGGCACCUACCCCACCCGCUAGCGUCAUAACUCCUCACGCCAGAACAUUAACGACAGCAACACAUCCCUGGCCACCAAGCCCAAUCCUGCCGGCAGUCAGGACCCAUUCAGCCCCGGAGAGUACCGUAGCCCACUCUCCCGCGCCGACCAGCCCAGCGACUCACGCAGCUCGGCCUCCGCUACCCAGCUGAGUACCGCCUUCCAACUCCGAACUGUUGUGCUGAACUCGUCAAAACUCGGCGCCCCUCCUCUGACCCCCCUUGAUAUAACUACGACCAGAUAAUGGCGAAAGAAAGAUAUCGUAGACCUCGAAAAUAUAAUGACGUCAGUUAUUGUCCUGAUUAAAACAAUUCAGUUUUAUCCACUUUAAAAUCAUUUGGUGCUAACUUAUUCUUUUCACUCCGCGUUAAUAUAUCAGCACUUUACAUUGUUAACUACUUAAUGAUCUGAAUUUUAUCAAGCACGUUAUCAUUAAUAAGUAGACCAAACUAGAAACCAGCACACGAACUUAAACACAUGAACAUUAAUAAUAGAUAAGCUUCAAAAUAAUCCUAUGACGAGAAAUUUUUCGCAAAUAAUAUUUCAAGUCUAUUGAUAUGAUUCUAUCGCCAAUAGACCACGUCUCGGAGCGAGAAAAGGUCAGCCGUAGUUUUUCGCUGUUCCCAAAAAGUUUCGGAUGUGUGGGACUGUUUUCUAAUAGGUAUUGCUUAGAUAGUGAAAAGAAAUUAGCCAGAAAGGACUUGCAGUUGUGAUUAUACAAAAAUGCUUUAUCGAUACGCGCUUUAGAGUACGUUAGAAUAUAUUUUGAAUACAUUAUCAAGAUAGAUAUAGGUUAGUUUACUUACCAACACGUCUGUUCACGUUUUACCCUUUGUUUCAAGAACCAAUCCACACUGUAUUGACUGCAUCUAUUUUUUUUGUAAAUAGGUUAAGUAUGACAAAGAAUCAUCAGGCUUGCAAUUAAUCUCCAUAAAUAUAUUUUAUCUUUAAUUACGACAAAAAGGAUUUUAUAUGCAUAAUGUUGUAGGUUAUCAAAAAUAUUUUGAAAUAGCUGCUUAGUA